GAAAAUGGCGGGUAUGCCCUUCUUCGUGUCUUUUACUGAAUCCUAAGAAAAAAGGACUGGAAACAGAUAUUACUGAGUCCGAUCCACUGUGUGAUCAUACCGCCACCUUUAUUCUAUCAUGUUCACUAAAUAUGAGGUUAUAGCCAACAUCCUCAGGACUUGGCGGUAGUAUUGGCCUUCGGCUAAAGCGCCAAAAAAGGAUCUGUGAAUUGUGAAUAUAUUGAGAAAUAGCUGUUUUAGGAGACCAUUUUGGAAAUUGUUGUGUGUUCGAGGAAUUGAACUUGUCAUUAUUGAAAAUUUCUGCAUUCAUCGUGAGGAUGAAGUUCUAGUAAACCCGCUGUCAAAUUCAGAAGAAAUUUGAAAUUUGAACUUGGGACUGGCUACAUCACACCUAAAAUUGCUCAAAUUGUGAUAAAAUAUAACAUUAACAAAACAUCGCAAUCGGGUACUGCUCAAAUUGAAACCAUAUCAUAGAAGUCUUUCAGAUUCAGAAAAAGUCAUAUUCAAGUCUUUCAGUUGAAACCUCUUAAUCAGAUUUGACAAUGAGUACCUCAGCGAGUACGCUAGUUGACUUGAUUGCGUCCACGGUGGCCACGAACACUCCCACGCCGACACUCAUGGGCGUGGUGCCGAAUAAUAUAUGGAUGAUCAUCGUAGGAUUCCUCAUCUCGUUCGUGCUAGCGUUUGGUAUUGGUGCUAAUGAUGUUGCUAAUUCCUUUGGGACAUCAGUUGGAUCGAAAGUGUUGACCCUGCUUCAGGCCUGUAUCCUUGCAUCUGUGUUUGAAACUGCUGGAGCAAUUCUACUCGGUGCCAAAGUUUCAGACACAAUACGUAAAGGUAUCAUCGAUGUUGGGCCCUAUAAUGGUACAGAGGAGGUCCUCAUGGUGGGAAAUGUGGCAGCCCUUACAGGUUCAUGCGUAUGGCUGUUGAUAGCGACAUUCCUGCGUCUGCCGGUGUCUGGUACGCACAGUAUAGUGGGCGCUACUCUAGGGUUUGCUCUCGUUGCUAAUGGUGCUAACGGAAUCAACUGGAAGAAACUGGGCCUCAUCGUUGGAUCCUGGUUCAUCUCACCGGUGAUGUCUGGCUUAGUGUCCGUCGGAUUCUUCUUUAUCAUCAAACGCUUCAUAUUAUCAAAGGCUGCACCCCUUGAACCAGGGUUGAAGUUCCUACCCGUCAUCUAUGCCAUUACCGUCGUCAUCAAUGUCUUCUCGAUAUUCUAUGAUGGGCCAGAGUUGCUCGGCUUCGACAAGAUUCCACUCUGGGGUAUCUUCGUCAUGAGUUUCGGGUCUGGCAUCAUCGUCACCCUUGUCGUCAGGUUUGCGAUUGUUCCGUGGCAACGGCAGAAGAUUCAACGCGAAGUGAUGUAUUCGGCUGCCGACAACAGUGAUGUUGAUCAGUCGCAGUUGACACUUGUGACAUAUUCCGCUACUAGUUCCCGUGCAAGCUCUCGUGGCAACUCGCGCCGUCCUUCCAUCGACAAGAUCACUUCCACUCAUUCCUCCGUCGAGAAGUUAGGCAUAACGAUCGAGAAUAAGAAAAACGAAGAAAAAACGGUGCAAGCAUUUGUGAUUGACGAAAAUAACCUGACUGCCAGUAAUGGUCAGGUGGUGACUUCCAUUAUCAACCCCAACGCAAAGCCUUUAUUACCUUCUAAUGGCAUGGCCAAUGGUUGCCUCAAAACUAGCUUCUCCUUUCUCAUUCAGGAUACUUCAGAGGCCAAAGCUUUCCUUGAGCCCAGUAAGGAUGGCACAUUUGACACAGAAAAAGCAGACAAAACAGUUCACUCAGACACAUCACUGCUCAACGAUUCUAAAGAUUCAAACUGUAGCCAAGAAUCGGAUGACACUCGGCAGAAAAGUCGCGAUCAAAUCAAGGAUGAACCGGAGACGAUCCGCCUGUUCUCGUUCCUACAAGUUCUCACUGCGGUGUUUGGCUCAUUUGCCCACGGAGGCAAUGACGUCAGCAAUGCCAUUGGACCAUUGGUGGGAUUAUGGAUAGUGCACCAGUCUGGUAACGUGGCUCAGAAGGCUGCGACGCCGCUUUGGAUUCUCGCGUAUGGAGGGGUAGGAAUCUCGCUUGGUCUGUGGCUGUGGGGGAGACGCGUCAUCAAGACUCUAGGAGAGGAUCUCACAAAAAUUACGCCAUCCAGCGGCUUCUGUAUUGAGAUAGGAUCAGCUCUAACAGUGCUCAUCGCCUCAAACAUUGGAAUUCCAAUCAGUACGACUCAUUGUAAGGUCGGUUCCGUCGUCUGCGUGGGCCGAUUUAGAUCUCGAGAAAACGUGGACUGGAAACUUUUCCGUAACAUAUUCCUGGCGUGGAUAGUGACGUUACCAAUAUCGGGUGGAGUCAGUGCUGCUGUGUUUGCCGGAUUACGUCUGGUACCUGGAGUAAUGCCGUCAUGAUGAACGUUUCAAGUCGGAAUCAUUAUUGAAUCGUUGUCGUUUUCAUCAGUUUUUUCUCAACGUUGUUAGAUAGAACUUUGUCGCUAGAGUGCACUGAAGUAAGAGGUGUCUUCUACCUCACAACAGCAUAAUUAACAAAUUGUCCGUCGUCCAAAGUCACAUUUUCUGGCCACAGUAGUAAUUGCAUUUGAUGCUUUUGAUAAUUUUAGCUGAAAUAAUGGUGUACUCACUUUUAGUGCCAAUUGAAAGAUCUUAAAAUGUCAACUUUUUCAAUUUCAAUAAAACCAAAGUUGAAAGAUGUUUAAACCUUUAGAGAGUUGGUUCUCAAGUGUAUGGUGCUUAAAAAUGAGAAAUUUUAUCUGUGCUUUUGAGAAAAUAUUGAUGACCAAACGGUAUUUGGUUAAAUGUCGCUGCAGUAUUUAUCGUGCUUCACGUGUUGUAGUUAUACCCGCGCCCCUGGCUUGCUAAAUGGAUCAAAAAAGUUUUUGGUUCGUUUUUAAGUCAUGGGGUUUCAGGUAUCUUUGAAGCGGAGAGUCGCUGUGUUAUGUAUUUUACAUAACCUGUGUAUUAUCUGCUUCACAGAUAGGAAGUCAAAAAGUAAAAAAAUCCAUAAAAAAACUUAAAAAGUAAAAAAUCAAUAAAAAUUAAAAAUUAGAAAAGAAAAAAUGUUGUAUAUAUAUCAUUUUAUCACUCAUUUAUUCAUUUUCAUUUGUAUUCAUUUGUAGUUUGUCUACUGUCCGAUUUUUUUCAUCUAAGAAUUUGAUAUUUUGGAGGGGUAAUUGGUGAAAAUUUACUCUGGGGGUGUCAAGUUUAGAAAAAGUUUAGAAAUUUAAAAUGAAUAUUAAUUUCUUUUUCAGUGCUUUAUCACUUUACAACGCUGGAGAAUAUAUUCCCCAGCUGCGUUAAUCCUAUGUAUUUCAAGGCAGGCCUUCAAACAUACCGUGCAGGCUACCCUUGAUUGUGCCUGGCCAGCUGGGGAAUCGAUUCUCCAUGGCGUGUACAGUCCUGACGCACUUUCCAAAAACCUUUCUGUAAAAACCAAGAAGCUUUGCUUCGCUAUUGCAUAUAAAAACUCGUAUAUGUAUGUCUGUGUUUUAGAAAUAGUCAAAUAGUGUUUUGAAAUUUCUUUCACUUUUCCAAUCAUUAAAUCAAAUUAUUUUUCUUCAGGUAUAGCAAAUCAGUGAAAAAUGAAAUGGUUGUGAAAAUUUAGCAGUUCACAGUACAUUAUUCACAGUUCAUUGAGUAACUUUAUUAUUGUGCUCUUUUGUACUAUGUACAAUGUAUGUAAAUUGUGUAAAUACAUGUUUGUAGCAAGUUGUUUAAGUUUUUUUUUGGGGGGGGGGGGGUUGUGUUAGUAUUGAGUGAGACAAGUUGCUAAUUCACAAAGGUAAUCAAUUUGUUUGUCUCAGAUCUGGGUGUCUGCCAGAGAUUGGGGUGUGUUGGGUACCGCUUUACUUUCCCUCAAGAAUAAUCAUUUUUACGUUGUAGAUGACACAAUUCUGACCUAGGCAUCUUGGUUUGAUGACUUUAAAACUGGUUGGUUACGUUGGUUAACCUUUCUGGAGUUGAAAUCUGCGAAUAAACCUUGCCGAAGUAACAAGGAUAUUUAUAAGUAUUAACCAAAUCAUCUCAGAAUAUGCAUUUUCCUGUACAUAUCCCUGAUUAGUCUAGUAUAGUUUAGUAUAUCACGCCGCAGUUACAGCAACUUGAUUCUGAGACUGCACGAUCGCUUGGACUAAGUUUUGGUGCAAGUUGGUAUUUUGUCAUCAUACAUGUAAACAGAAGUUGAAAUUACUUCCAAAUAUUUUGACCAAUUAUGAUUAACUUCAAUAUUAGAAGAGAUUUCAACUUCAAUAUCCCUAAAAUUGCGUUCUCUUGUUGAUUUUGUGUGCGGUUAUUUUGCCUUGGAGUGAAGAGUGACCGGUUAUAGAUAUUUUGAUUCUGAAAGUUCUCUAAUUUUGUAGAAACCACAUCAUACCGUACGAAUUUGAAACUUAAAUUUCAUGUUGGAAAUAAUUUUUUUGUUGCGUGACAUUUUGCUGCAAUGAUAUUUUUUUACUUGUAGUUUUGGCAUCAAAUGCUGCUAUUUAGGACUUGGUGUUGAAUAUUACAAGUUGGCUAAAAUGUGAUGAUGCGUGUAUAUUUUUUCGACCUUGUCGUUCAAGAAAGCUUAACAGGUUAGAGUGACGUGUUCGUAUCUUGUAUUGCACACAGCUGUUCUAGCAGUAACACUUCCACAGUUUGCUUAUACCAUUCAACCAUGUCACUGACUGGCAUUGAUCCAGGAUAAAUGAAAAACACAGCUGAUACUAGUUCAGAAGUAGUCUAGUUUGUGUAAAUUGUGAGUUGGCAGUCAGAGAAUGAUGUCCUCAAAAACUCUAAGUCCGGGCCAAACAGGAGUCUACACCAUUUCCAUUCUUUAAGGUUUUCAGCACAAAUCAAGCUAGAGUCUUUGACAUAUAUGCCUCAAGCACAUAAGUCGUACUUCCACCUAUCAAAUCCCCGUGUCUCUUGCGCUUACACCUAUGAAUUGCCGUGUCUAAAUAGAUCCAUGUGUCAAAUCCCCGUGUCUAUUAGCCUCAUCGAGCUCGAUGGGGCUAAUCUGGGGCUAAUUUAGACCCGUGUUCAACACGGGUUUUUUGAUAGGUGGAAUCUGAAUAGACACGGCAAUUACAAGUUCUAAGAUCCGGCGACAGAUGGCGCGGUGUAGUUGCCUCGGUAUUGCGCAUGCGAAAUUCGCCUUCAACGGAAAAGAAACAUAGGAGAGCGCCCUACCUACAGCGCACCUGUCGCCCGGGCUAUUAACCAUUAUCUAACACCACGGAUAGGUGUAAGUGCGCCGCGGGUUUUUUGACACACGGCGAAGUGACGGGUCUUGAAAAAACACGGGGUUUUAUGAUAUGUGGAACUACGACUAUAGACUUGCAUCUGUUACAAUCAAGGCAAUGAAAUAUUGAGAUUCCAUUAGUCUUUUGACAACUGAUCCUGGAGAACAUCAGUUUAGUACUAUGCUAAAUGUAAUUAGAUUAUACAUCUAUAAAUAAAGUGUGGUGCAAGUAUAUAA